AUGCCCCGAGUGUGCGUGAUUGUGCGUGGGUUGUGGACAUGUAUAGCAUACGCUCAUACCGCCUUCCCUGCCCGGGAAGACUGUCGUGAGGCUUGGUCCCCGGAGAAGAAGCACUGGUGCUGCACCAAGCAGGGAAAGGGCUGCGAGGGCCACCGCCCGCCUUCCGUCGAUGCCGGCUACGGCAUGGUCUGGAAGCACGUCCAGGUGAACGGCUACUGGACCUGGACGGCAGUGCACGGCCACGGCCACGCCAGCAUGCCCUACGACUGCCACGCCGGCAUGCACAACUGGCGUACCGGCUGGGCUGGUGCUGCUCCAACCAACACCUUGGAUGCGAAGGCGGAGCCGCCGCCGGAGGAGGUGUGGCAGGCGCCCCGAAGGGAGGCAGCGUCGUCGUGCACCACGUCGUCCACCACGGCGGUGGCUUUUACAGUGGACCACGCGCAUCCCCCGUCCGCUGCGGGCAGCGGCAUGAUGUGGAGCUGGAGCACCGCCGGAGGCGGAGGCGGACACCGGGUGCAAGUCAGCUCGCACGGGCACCUGCCCUUCAACUGCUUGGCUGGCGUCGCCAACUGGCAAGCGGGCUGGUCCCAUCCCAAGCAGGUCUGGUGCUGCAACCACUUCGGCAACUCCUGCGCCUGA